GACCUGUCUUCCAAGGAUUUCAGAGGGCAGAAGCUGUACAAAGCAGAUCUGAGGGGCACAAACUUCUCCAAGGCGAACAUGGAGGGCGCUUCCUUGUUUGGAGCGUUCUGCAAGGAUGCCAAGUUUGUCGGUGCACACCUCAACAAUGCAGAUCUGGAGAGCGUAGAUUUUGAGAAUGCAGAUUUGUCAGAGGCAAUUCUGGAGGGGGCACAGGUCACCAAUGCAAAGUUCAAAAACGUGAAUAUUGCGGGCAGCGACUGGACUGAUGUGGUGCUGCGGAGAGAUGUGCAGCAGCAGUUGUGCAAGAUAGCUUCUGGAACGAAUCCCAUCACUGGCCAGGACACAAGGGAGACCCUGAUAUGUUCUUGA